AUGGGAGAGUUCCUGGAUACGAGCAGGGCCUCAGAACUGGCCUUCCUGGUGGAGCCCAGUGACAUCAUCGCAGUGAGGGACCGCCCCCUUAUUCUGGACUGUCAGGUGGAGGGGGAGGGGCCAAUCACUAUCACCUGGCGGCGCAAUGGCGUGCCAGUGCCCACGGGGCAGCGGGUGAGCGUACUUGCCAACGGGACGUUGCUCAUCAGAAACUUCCAGAAACGUGGCGAGAGCAGCGAGCCGGACGCCGGCGAGUACGGCUGUGCUGCUCAGAACCACUUCGGCAUGCUGGUCAGCCGCAAAGCCCGGGUCCAGAUCGCAUCCUUGCCCAAGUUUCACACCCAUCCUGAGUCAAUGUCAGUGGAAAUGGGAGGCGUGGCCCGAUUCCAGUGCCAGUUAAAUGGGGUCCCAGAGGCCACCAUCACCUGGGAGAGGAACCGCACAGCACUGGGCAUUCAGGACACAAGGUUCACCCUGCUUCCUGCAGGUGUCCUCCAGAUCACAGGUGUACAGCAGGGGGAUGCUGGGCUGUACCGCUGUGUGGCCUCCAACAUCGCCAACACACGCUACAGUCACGAAGCCCAACUCAAUGUCACCACCACAGCCUCGCGGAUCUAUAAGGAGCCCGUGAUCCUCUCGGGGCCCCAGAACCUGACCCUCACCGUGCACCAGACGGCCAUCCUGGAGUGCAUCGCUACCGGGAAUCCACGGCCCAUUGUGUCCUGGAGUCGACUGGACGGACGCUCCAUUGGCGUGGAGGGCAUCCAGGUACUGGGCACGGGCAACCUCAUGAUCUCCGACGUGUCGCUGCAGCACUCGGGGGUCUAUGUGUGUGCUGCCAACCGGCCCGGGACCAGGAUGAGGCGAACCGCCCUGGGCCGGCUCGUGGUGCAAGCUCCCCCAGAGUUCCUGCAAUGGCCGCAGUCUGUCUCCAAGCCAGCAGGGGGCAGUGCAGUGUUCACCUGUGUGGCUCAGGGUGUCCCAGAGCCUCACCUGAUCUGGCUGAAGAAUGGAAAGAUCCUCACACCAGGAGACAAUGUCAAGAUCACUAACAAUAACAGUACCCUUGCUGUAACACGUAUCACAUCUGAAGACGAGGCCAUAUACCAGUGCAUCGCAGAGAACAGCGCGGGUACCAACCAGGCCAGCGCCCGCCUGGCCGUCUCGCUGGCCAAGGAGCUGCCUGACUCCCCGCAGGACCUGACAGCCGUCGUGUUGUCCGCCAUGGCUCUGCAGCUCCGCUGGGCACAGCCCCCGCCCGAGAUCACAGACGGCAUCAUCGGAUACGUGCUGCACAUCCGCAAGAUCGGCGAGCCAGAUACUAAGGAGCUGCAGGAGGCCGUAAGCAAGACCACCUUCCACCAUGACUUCAACAACCUGGAAUCCGCAACCACUUAUUCCAUCUACGUCAAAGCCUACUCACCACUGGGAGCAAGCCAGAAGUCCAGCACUGUCAUUGCUACAACACUAGGGGGCGUGCCCAGCGCCCCCACCUUCUUUACCAAGGUGCUCAAUUCCACGACUGUGCAGAUCUUCUGGGAGCUGCCCAGCAAGCCGGGCAAGGUGGAGGGCUUCAAGCUCUCUUACCGCAAGGUCCCACAGCCAGACUUCCAGGCUCCACACCUGCUGCCCUGCCAUGUCAACACCCACACCCUGUCCCACCUCGACUCUGGAGCCAUUUAUGAGGUCAAGCUGGUGGCGUUCAAUGGCAAUGGCGAAGGGAACUGCUCCAAACGCCUGGUCUCCCUGACGGAGGAUGGGACCAGUGCCAAGGCCAACGCAGGUAGAGAAGGACCCUGUAACUGCCGGCAGGAGGGCGAGGGCUCGGUGGCGGGCAUCGUGGUGGGCAUCCACAUCGGCAUGGCCUGCAUCAUCUUCUGCGUGCUAUUUCUCAUGCUGGGCUAUCGCCGCAGUCGUUUCUGCAGGAAAGGGACCCAGGACAGCUGGUCUGUUCCCCGGGGCGAUGACGCAGGCCACCACCGGCACAGCAACGGGGGUCCCAAAGAGGCGGUGCCACGCCUGGCUGGCACCGUGGAGUUAGAGCCUCAGAGCUGCGUCUCCUCCGGGCACUGUGACGAGCGCCGGGGUGUAACCCAGCCUGCUCAGUGCCAGGUCCUCGUCGAGCAGCACCCAACCAACCUGCCAGGGACGGGCAUCAGUUAACCGGACCCAUUCACCC